AUGCUACUCCAGCCAUCGAAUAACUCGUUUGUUCUGUUCUCAGGUAAAAAAUCAUUAGUUGUGCACUUUUCAAUUGAACAUUCAGAGCAUGAGAUCGAAACUCGAACAUCCAGGAUCCGUGAUGCAAUGUUUCCUGACUGGGUACCUCAAAUUUCAGUGGCGGCUGAAGCAACCACGUCGAAUACGAGCAUAAUUGAAAUGGUGAGUCAAGUUGUGACCCAAACCCCACAUUCGGUAAACCUCUGUAACUUUUCAGCAAACGUUGAGGUGAUAGCAGCUAGUGAACAGUAAUCUUUCUUUUUCUAAAUGAGUUGUUAGCUCUGUUCUAAUAUCACAGGUGAUUCGCGGAUGUGUCUAUAGAGAACUCGGAGCAGGUCCUUCAAUAGGCACAUUAUAGGCCGAUCACGAAAAUUUCACGCAUUAUAGACCUAUCGCGAACGCCCAUUGUGGACCAAUCGCGAACGGUCGAUAUCGAGAUUAUGAUUAUAAACUCAAUUCAUCGCUAUUGCCCCUCGGUGUUUGCAGACUCAAGCCAAAAUUUCUAAAAUUAGGCUUGAGUACGCAAACAACGAGGGGGAAAUAGCGAUGAAUUGAGUAUAAUGAAAAUAACGCAAAGUUAUUACAAAAAUGUAUUGACAAAAACAGUAGUACUAGAUGAAAAUGCUGGGUUACAGGUAAAGUAGAAGAAGAGGAAAAGAAAAAAUUUAGGGGCGGGGAAAACAUUUUUAAUUAAAAACAGGCUGAGUUAGUUAGACAGUCGACGAUAUCGUUAUUUUCCUGAUCCAUUCCUCCGCGUCCGGCGUCAUCGUCGUACUCGUCACUCUCAUGUCCUCCGCCGACUCCAAAAUCGCGACGGCUCCAAAAAGAUAAUCGGCUGAAAAGAAAACAGCUAGACAUCUCAUUAAUCAGUUCGGUAAUAUUUUUAGACGCGUAUGAACUUUGCCACCACACUUUUCGGACACUUUCCACUAAAUAGCUAUCUUUUCACAAGUAAGUAUUUCAGUGCUAUUACCAUUUUGACUGAAAAGUAGUUAGCAGUACGCCGCACUUCUGAGUUUUGUAAUUGAGAAAAAUGAUUCAACAAUGAUCGAGACAUACCUCAUAGACUUAACGCAAAAAGAGAAACCUAUGUACAGAACACGGAAAAAUAAUACUGAAACAAAUGAAAAGCUAAUUUAUUAUAGGGGCACCGCACAGAAAUGGCGCUCUGUUGAGAAACUCCGUUUGCAGUGCAAAUUGAGCGACCUCGGGGCCGAGUUUGAAAGUUAGGCCACAUUUUCAGUGGAAAAUUACUUCGCGGCCUAGAAAUUCGGCCAGAUUGCGAACAGCGCGCCCUUUCUGUCCAGUGCCCCUAUAAUAAGCAACUGGAAAUGGCAUUUAAUUCCGAGGGUACAACAAUUUUGGGGCACAACAGGGUACAACCUAUUUUGGGGUACAACUUUUUUAAUUUUGGGGUACAACUUCCCCGAUUUUAGGGAAUAAUUUCUGUCAAGUAUUUUAGGGUACAAUAAUUUUAGGGUACAACACUUUUAGGGCACAACUAGCACAUAAUUUCAGGGCACAACUUCUUACAAUUUUGGGGCACAACAACAUGAUUUUAGGGUACAACACUUUUUUUUCUUAUUUUUUUGUAUUUUCUUGCAUUUUACUACAAACCCAUAUUCUUUUUAUAUCAAUAUUUCGCUGAUUUUUUUAUUUCAAUGACUCAUCUCUUGUAAGAGAACCAGUCUUUCGACUCGUGCUUUCUGCGGCAGUUCACACAUUUUGUUUUCACCAAAUCGUGAGGUUAUUCAAAACCUUUUAUUGCAAAAAAGCAUAUGACAGUAACAAGUUGAUUCUCAUAAACCCGCCUUAUUAAUAGAGCUAUUUAAAACCUAGAUUAACUACUCUUUAUUUCAGAUCCGUUCAUUUGUGCUCAACUUGUUACUGUCAUAUGCUUUUUUGCAAUAAAAGGUUUUGAAUAACCUCAUGAUUUGGUGAAAACUAAAUGUGUGAACUGCCGCAGAAAGCACGAGUCGAAAGACUGGUUCUCUUACAAGAGAUGAGUCAUUGAAAUAAAAAAAAUCAGCGAAAUAUUGAUAUAAAAAGAAUAUGGGUUUGUAGUAAAAUGCAAGAAAAUACAAAAAAAUGAGAAAAAAAGUGUUGUACCCUAAAAUCAUGUUGUUGUGCCCCAAAAUUGUAAGAAGUUGUGCCCUGAAAUUAUGUGCUAGUUGUGCCCUAAAAGUGUUGUACCCUAAAAUUAUUGUACCCUAAAAUACUUGACAGAAAUUAUUCCCUAAAAUCGGGCAAGUUGUACCCCAAAAUUAAAAAAGUUGUACCCCAAAAUAGGUUGUACCCUGUUGUGCCCCAAAAUUAUUGUACCCUCGGAAUUAAAUGCCACUGGAAAUACAAUAAACGCUGUUAAAAUGAUAGUAAACACGUUAAAAAUAUAAAAAUUCUGAACAAAAUCCGUGCACGGCGAAAAUUUGGCGAACAUUUCAAAUUCGGUUUUCGCGAUGGGCCUAUUACAGGUCCAUCAUAGGCCCAUCGCGAACGGUGCGCCCCACUGCCUACAAUGCGUCCAUCGGCGAACUUUUUCUUCGUGAUAGGCAUAUUAUAGGCCUAUCACAGGUUCACGUUCUCAAUAGACCGAUCGUGAAUCACCUGUGAUAUUUCUUCUGGAAAGUAUUAAAAUUUUUCUAACACCUCUUGCUAGGCAACGAGCAUGUGAAAUGAUUUUGCUUGAUUUGAUAUGUGGACCAAAUUAAAAUCACAAACAAUCGUAAAUUACCGUAUCCAGUUUUACAAAACAAUUUAAUUUACAGAUGCAACUACCAACUCAACAAUUGAAACAAUCUGUCAUGGAUCUUCUCACUUAUGAAGGCUCGAAUGAUAUGUCAGGGCUAGCGUUGCCGGAUUUAGUGAAGCUUAUGUGUGAUCACGACGAGUCGGUCGUCGCGAGAGCUGUUCAUCGCGCAUAUAUACUGUCGAAAGAAGACCCGACAAUUGGCAACGAUCGUGCAUUUAUAGAAGCUUUAAUUAAUACAUCGAGGUAUUCAAGAAUUUACGUGAAAAUUCUUCUGUUACUGCGAAUUUCUACGUUUUUCUCUCCCUACAUGUUUAUUUAUAUGAAAAAAAAACGCAAGACUUUCUAAAACUGGGCCCGCUGCGCGGUUUUAGCUAACGCUCGAAAGCGCUUCCAAACGUCUCAGACAUAUCAAUUCGAAUCUAAUCGUAGUGAAAUUAUUUUCUGCCGCAACCUCCUUACAUUCGAAAACUUUCUAACUAGGGAAUGAUCUUUAGGUAAGUUGGCCUUAUGGGUCGUGACAUAAAUGAUUCGAUAGCUUAUUAUAGGGGCACUGGACAGAAAGGGCACGCUGUUCGCAAUCUGGCCGAAUUUCUAGGCCGCGAAGUAAUUUUCCACUGAAAAUGUGGCCUAACUUUCAAACUCGGCCCCGAGGUCGCUCAAUUUGCACUGCAAACGGAGUUUCUCAACAGAGCGCCAUUUCUGUGCGGUGCCCCUAUAAUAUGCCAAGGGGAUCAAAUGUUCAGUUAAUCAUUUUUGCAAACUAGAAUUCGCGAAAAGUGCAUCUGAAACUGAAAUUUCACGUGUUCCUUUCAGAAGAGAUGGAAGUUUAUCAAUUGUGACUCAUUUGUGUGUUGAAUUUUGUACCUAAAGAUCAUUCCCGGGAAUUACGUGAAAACGACAUUUUCAGAAUUUUGAGGUACUAAUAUCAACAUCAUUCUUACUUAAUAAAAAGCUAGCGGGGUCUGCUCAGGCAAACAGUAGUUUGUAAGCUAGUUAAACUCAAUUCACUAUUGCCCCUCGGUGUUUGCAGACGAAAGCCAAAAUUUCCUGAAAUUAGGCUAUAGCAGUAAAUUAGCAAUCUAAUUAGGGCCGGUUAUAAACGCGAAUUAGCUAUAUAUAUGCUAGAUUAAUAACGAUUUCCCUGAGAUGACAAUGUGUUGAUUUUAUACCGUUGGAUUAUUUUAUCAUCAUCCAAAUAAAACUAUUUAAGAGGCAAUGUCUGAGAAGUUCAAAUACUGCAGGUCACUAAAAAUUCAGAAUGCUUCAAUUUGUCCUAUAUUAUACCAAAUGAGUACUUACAUAACAGUGAUACAUCAGACAAGUUUUGGUCCGGCUCCGUAGUCCCUAGUCCGAUCACGGUCACAAAAUAGGUCAAACCUGUAACUAAUUUCAAAAAAAUGCUAGCGUCUCAGACUCAACGCCAUUGGAUUCUUCGCAUCUUUUUGAGUAUAUUUCAUGUUGGCACCAAAAAUUUGGCACCUCUCCUUUAUGGAGAACAAAAUUGGUUUGUGACAUUUUUCAGAAAAUGUUUCAGUUUUCUGCUCGUCCUGAAAAAUUUUAACACUACAUAGCCAUGAUUUUAUUGCUGAUUCUGAAUCUAGACAUUAUUGUGCUUCUGCAAAAAAAAAGUUCACCCCGAUCUCGAUUGACAUCAAGGGGUUUUUUGGCCGAAAUUCACAAAAUUUAGAGUACUUUUGCAUGGAAAAAUGUUCGCGAACUUGAGAAAAGUGCGUUUUCUCAAUUUUCAAAGGGGCCUGAUCGCGAUAUUUGUUGUUUUCGUAUACUUUUAGGCAUUCUUGAUUUUUUUGAAGCAUUUCGAAAAUUAAUUUUUUCUCGAAAAUUUUGUCAUGACCCCCGGGUCGACGACUUGGUCUAAUUUUUAUUAAUUUUCAAAAUGCUUCCAAAAAAUCGAGAAUGCCUAAAAGUAUACGAAAACAACAAAAAUCGCAAUCAGACCCCUUAGAAAAUUGAGAAAACGCACUUUUCUCAAGUUCGCGAACAUUUUUCCAUGCAAAAGUACUCUAAAUUUUGUGAACUUCGGCCUAAAAACCCCUUGAUGUCAAUCAGGAUCGGGGUGAACUUUUUUUUUGCCGAAGCACAAUAACGUCUAGAUUCAGAAUCAGCAAUAAAAUCAUGGCUAUGUAGUGUUAAAAUUUUUCAGGACGAGCAGAAAACUGAAAAAUGUUCUGAAAAAUGUCAUAAAACAAUAUUUUUCUCCAUGAAGGAGAGGUGCUAAAUUUUUGGUGCCAACAUGAAAAAUGCUUAAAAAGAUGCGAGAUAUCGAAUGGUGUUGAGUCUGAGACGCUAGAAUUUUUUUGAAAUUAGUUACAGUUUUUACCUCUUUUGGGAUCGUGAUCGGACUAGGGACCACGGAGCCGGACCAAAACUUGUCUGAUGUAUGACUGUUAUGUAAGUACCCAUUGGGUAUAAUAUGGGACAAAUCGAAGCAUUCUGAAUUUUUAGUGACCUGGUGUAAUUAGCGAAUUUCGAGGUUCUCAGACAUUGCCUUUUAAUAGCACAUUCCUUAGAAAACGCGAUAACUUGUCAUUUCUUUUCAGAAGUUCAAAUGUGAAUGUUCGUCGUAAUGCGAUAGGAGCGCUCUGCAAUUUAUCCGAACAAAGAGGUGGGCCGAUGCUCAUUUUUCGGAGUGGUGGACUAGCUGAAAUAAUCAGAAUGUUGUAUGACUCGUUGGAGGUGAGAAUAUCGGAGAAAUUCUUUAUAAAAUCAUUAUUCAGAGUGUCGUGCAUUAUGCUGUAACCACUCUUCGGAACUUAUUAAUGCAUGUCGAAGCUUCGAAAGCACAAGCUCGAGCUCUAAAUGCUGUCGAAGCGCUCACGCCUCACCUUCAUAAAAUCAAUCCAAAAUUACUCGCUCAAGUUGCUGACAGCUUGUAUUUCCUACUCAUUGGUGAAAUUUACUAUCUGUAUUGUAAUGAGCGUUCAUUUCAGAUGAUGUUCAUUCGAAGGAGCUAUUUUUAUCAUUAUCUGGACCACAGAUUCUUGUCGCUAUUCUUCGCGAGUAUUCAAGUCAUCGUAAACUUAUUUAUACCGUUGUCAGGUGUAUUCGUUCAUUGUCCGUGUGUCCACGCAAUAAAUCGGCUCUGAUCAGUCUCGGUAAGAAGCGUUUUUCUUUAUAAAUUUUGUGAAUUGUACUUCUAAUCAGCAUCAUAUUCAGGUUGUCUACCAGCCCUGUACACCGAAUAUUGCUGUGCAAAAGAUGAACGGUCGCAGACUGCAAUUCUUGUUGCAAUGCGUAACUUAUCGGAUGCGGCGACAAACGAAGAAAACUUAACUCCACUUAUCAUCAAGUUGCUAGAGAUACUACAAACAGCCAGUGAUGGUAUGGCUGCAUGUGCGUGUGGAACUCUCAGUAAUUUAACUUGCAAUAACACACGGAACAAACAGACAGUAUGCUCACAUGGAGGCAUUGAAGCGCUCGUGACUGCAGUCAGAAGAUUCCAGGAUGUUGAAGAUGUCACUGAACCGGCAUUGUGUGGUUUGAGGCAUUGUACCGCGAGACAUUCACUGGCUGAAGAAGCUCAAAACGAAUUGCGGUUGUGCCACGCUUUUCCGGUUAUUUUGGAUCAAUUGGCGACCCUUCGAACACCUGUCAUCAAAGCUGCUUUAGGAGUUAUACGGAACUGUGCCCUUCUUCAAGCAAAUCUUAUCGAAUUGACUCAAGAGCAAACAGGGACAGGGGACACUGUAGUGUCUUUGACUAUGGACAUUUUACGACGCGCUAUAACUGCGAUUGAUGAGAAUCCGAACAUUGAAGUUGAUGGAGUCCCAAUGUGGGGAGUGGUCGAAGGGUCUAUCUCGACACUUCAUCAGCUAGCGAAUCACCCAGCUGUGGCAAGUGCCUGUUGCGAUGAUAUGGGGCAAACUGGAAAUCCAGACUUUCCGCCUUUUCUAGACCUAUUGCACAGACUGCUUGCCAGACCAGAAGUCGCUUCUAAUGAGGACGAAGUUCUGGAAAGGGAAAUUCUCGGUCUUCUAUAUCAACUAAGCAAAAGGCCAGAUGGUGCUCGAGCAGUGGAAAAUGCAGGGUUUCCAAUGAUACUGAUUGAGUCGUGUGGAUCCCAGCAUAAAGCAGUUGCUACCUAUGCAAUAGGAGUGAUAAACAAUCUGAAAAGAGAUGGACUAAAUUUGACGAAUGUAAGCCUAAGAGAUCUCCUGUGUUUUGUCGUUGCGUCUCCAAAUUCCCUUCCUGGUGGAAAGAACCCUUAGAAUAAGUAAUGUUCCCAGAGGGAAAGCAUUUUUGAAGGUGUGAAUCUGGAGAAAAACAUGAUUUGUUUCGAAAAAUUGAAAAAGUUCAAACAGAAAAAACUUUUUAAAAACCGUUUUUUGCAUUUGAGACGCGUAAAUUGCUCCGCGGAUUGGAAGGCUGCGGUUCCGUGCGCAGCGAUAAAACACGGGCAGGAAAUUCAAAUCAUCUUCAAAAUUGUUCGGACCCCGUAAACAUUUCUCAGGCUUAUGAGUAUGAUAUUGGUAGUGGAAACGAUUGGCAACGCGAUGGAUUGGAAAGAGAACUUUUCGCCGAAAUGUAUCCUACCAAUGACGGCGGACAUGCUGAGUCGAUAAAUAUUGCACUUAACAAUUCCAUGCGUCACAAUUGGUAUGACACUGACUUGUAA